CCCUUAGCAGCUCUUACAUGAUGGAUUAAAGAAACAGGCGAUACCAGAAAUUUACUGUAAAAGCAUACUUUCACAACAAACGUCAUUAUAAAAGCUGCUCGUGUGUUACUUAGUGAGAGUGAGUGAGAAAAAAUGUUAGAUAUGCAAACUCGAGGACAUUUGGGGGGCGAAACAAUAACUAUAAAGCAUCAGCGCUGUAGUCCCAAAAGCUGCAGUUCAUCUAGUGUCCAGCAGAGGCUCCAGCGUGAGUCAGCCCCCAUAGACUCCCAUGUUAAAACUUUGAGAAAUAAACAUGUUUACAGCCUGAUACACAAACAAUAAUUUCCACCUUAAUUACAGCUAUAUUAAAGUUUUGUUACGCAAUAAGAGGAAGUCAAAGAGGUAUGUACAGAAGGAGAGUACCUCUAUAUGCAGCUGACACAGUUUUACAUGGUGGAGAACAGAGACUAACAGUUUAUCAGGGGUUCGUUUCAGGAGGCAGAGACAAAUGAUUAUUGGGGGCGUGGCCUCUGUGACUGACAGUUGGAUGGUGACACAGACAGCUGUAGCUGCUAGCUUCUGUUUGUGCUGCUGGAGCCUUUUUAAUGACAUCAUGUGACCAAUAACAUGGCUACUGUGAGGUCACUGUACUAACAGUGUCUGUAACUCCACCCUCUUGUUCUAAUAGGUCUCUUCUGUCUUGGCAGCAAAAAUGUCCAUCAUUUAUAUACAGGUAAUGCUGGCUCAGCGGCUGAGCGUGCACACUUUAUGACGUGUUUUAUUGCAGGUGUAACACACAUGAGCGUGACCUACCGGAGCUUAGUUCCGGUGUUUUUCCCGGUUUAGUAAAGGACCUUUACUUGACUUUUACUUGAAUCACCCUGAGGAGCAUCAGCAGUCCUCGGAAGCCUCCGUCUCCUACGCACGCACGCGCUCACGUGCUCACACACCAUGCACCGGCGCACGCGCUGGUGCUCGCGCCCCGUGCUGCAGGUAGUAACCCCUCCCCCUCCGUCCUGCCGCUUCAAACACAAUAACCUCCGCCGCCGCUGCUCCUUCCCCGGACACGCCGGCCGCCUUCCCCCGGGCUCUGCCUCGCUGCUCCGGCCACAGGUGAGCUCCUUUCACGCUUCCGUGUUUCCGCUUUCUCGCCUGCGCGUUCGGCUCGAGCCUCCAAACGCAGCAGCGUCAUCGGGCUGUUGGUACCGGGCACAACCGGGACCCGCUGGCGCUGCCGGGCUCCCCGUCUGGCCGGAGUCCGUGCUUCCGUGCUGCCAGCUGGAGGCUGUGCCCGGGUCAGCCCGGCCCGAGGAAGCCGCUUCGCUCUCAUUGUUCUCCUGUGAAGUUUGCUAGAAGUGAUGUAAUGCAGCCCCGGUGCGGUGCGCCAGACUCCGGUUAAAAACUGCGCGUUUUCCGCCGCACUGCUUCGCUGUUUCUGCGCACAUUUCGGGUUUGAUCCCGACUCCGUGUGUCGAGGUCACACACACACCGCGUACACACCGGUCCUCAUCUUUAUGUCAUCGAUCCCAACUCCAUCCGUGGAUCCUUGCUGCUCUUCAUCACCGGGAACAACAGGCUGGGACUUUUAAAGAGAUCUGUUUGGUUAUGAAAUCAGGUGUGUUCUGAUUGGCUGCCUGCGUUUGACCUCUGACCUCUGACCAGAGUGUGUGUCCGACCUCAGCCCCGUGGCCAAGGCGAUGAGGAUGACCUGCUCUUGCUGAUGGUUUGAAGGGCGGAUGGAGAGGCGGGAUUCCUGGGAUUACACAGCAGAGUAUUUGGGGAAUACUGGGAAUUGUGCGUUUGGAAUAUUCACCCUAUAAACAGAUGCUCAUUAAGAAUGUGAAGCCUUUUAUUCCCUGAAAUACUGAAGUGAGAAAUUUUAUAUAACUGAUAAAUGUCAAACGUUCAGAUGAUUUAUUGUUUUUUAUGUUUUAUUGGACGCUAACGUUCCUGUUUGACGUCACGUCCUUCGGAUAUUUUUAUCUCUGCCCCCUCUUGGCUGGAGGAAAUGGAUCAAUCUGCACUGAAGCGAGAAUACUCGACAGGAAGUUGAUCCCUACAGGGAGAGAGGCCGAGAACAAACUGGGAAUAUGUCGUGGAAGAGGAACUACUUUGCAUCAGGCAGCAGUGGAAGUGGUGUCAGCGGAGGAGGAGGAGGAGGAGGUGGGGCUGGGACGCAGGGAAUCCUGACACCUCGCACCAUGACGUCCAUCGCUCCCAGCAAAGGGCUGAGCAACGAGCCGGGACAGAACAGCUGCUUCCUGAACAGCGCUCUGCAGGUCCUCUGGCACCUCGACAUCUUCCGGCGCAGUUUCCGUCAGCUGACCACUCAUAAGUGCAUGGAGGACUCGUGCAUUUUCUGCGCUCUGAAGAGCAUCUUCGCUCAGUUCCAGUACAGCAGUGACAAAGUUUUGCCGUCCGACGCGCUCCGCAGCGCGCUCGCCAAAACCUUCCAGGACGAGCAGCGGUUUCAGCUCGGCAUCAUGGACGACGCUGCGGAGUGCUUCGAAAACAUCCUGAUGAGGAUCCACUUCCACAUCGCAGACGAGACCAAAGAAGACAUCUGCACAGCCAGACACUGCAUCCCCCACCAGAAGUUCGCCAUGAUGCUCUUUGAACAGUGUGUGUGCAGCAGCUGUGGAGCCUCCUCAGAUCCUCUGCCCUUCAUUCAGAUGGUCCACUACAUCUCCACCACCUCCCUGUGUAACCAGGCAGUGAAGAUGUUGGAGUCGAGGGAGAAGGCGACCCCGGGCAUGUUUGGGGAGCUGCUACGAAAUGCCAGCAUGGGAGACCUGCGCAACUGUCCUAGUCAGUGCGGUCAGCAGCUGCGGAUGGCUCGCGUCCUCCUCAACAGUCCGGAGAUCAUCACCAUCGGCCUGGUGUGGGACUCGGAUCACUCGGACCUGGCUGAGGAUGUCAUCCACACCCUGGGAACCUGCCUGCGCCUCGGGGAUCUGUUCUACAGGGUGACCGAGGAGAAGGCUCGGCAGUCCGAGCUCUACCUGGUCGGGAUGGUGUGCUACUACGGGAAACAUUACUCCACUUUCUUCUUCCAGACUAAGAUCCGCCGGUGGAUGUACUUUGAUGACGCACACGUCAAAGAGAUCGGGCCCAAGUGGAUCGACGUGAUUUCGCGCUGCAUUAAAGGCCACUACCAGCCGCUGCUGCUGCUGUACGCCGACCCGCGGGGGACGCCGGUGUCUGCGCAGGACCUGCCCUCACGUCUUGACCUCCACCACCUCAACAAGGCCUGUUACGACAGCGAAGACUCGGGCCGCGAGCCGUCGAUCUCCAGCGACACUCGCACCGAUUCGUCGACGGAGAGCUACUCGUACCGACAGCCCUCCCACACGCACCAUGAGUCCCUGGCCAGUCACUACUCCUCCGACUCCCAGGGAACCGUCAUCUGCAUCGACCGCCCAGACGGAGCCCUGCGUGCCUCGCUCUGCAGCCUGGAUACCGUAGGCCACACGACGGACGGUGAGCAGCAUCAGCCUCCGAGGAAGGGAGGCGUGGCCGGGGAUAGGAGGCGGAGCGGCAGCCGCCACCGGCGGUCUAAACCUGAGAACGAAGCGUCGUCGGCUGGUUACCACAGUGAGGGCGAGACGUUAAAGGAGCAGCAGGUUCCUCGUCACCUCCCCAAACCUUCGUCUUCCUUCUCAUCAUCGACCAGCCGCCUGCGAGACUUCAAGGAGACCAUGAGCAACAUCAUCCACAGCCGACCCCUCUCCUCCUCCUCCUCCACGUCUCUGCCGGCCGCCGGCUUCUCCUCUGAAAUCGCCCCCUCCUCGAAUGGCAGCCACCACCACCACCUCCCUUCCAGCAGCGCUGCUCCUUCCUCCUCCUCCUCCGCUGGGAAAGCUCAGGACUGGGAGGCCGACAGCACCAGCAGCGAGUCAAAGUCCAGCUCCUCUGGAGGAACAGGGAGGUACCGGCCGGCUUGGAGGCCCCGGAGGGAGGCGCUCAACAUCGACAGCAUCUUUAACCGCGAGAGGCGGAGACAGGCGGGGUACAGCCCCCUCGGAGCACCGCUGCUUGAUGACUGUGGAGCUCAGGACGCCUCCUCGGCCCUGCAGGAGGUGACGCCUUUCCGCAUGGGCUCCUCCAGGACUCUCCCCGCCUCCUCCUCUAGCAGCCACAGAGGAGGUGGAGAUGGACCAGGAGGCGAGAACGAAGGAGGAGCCGCGCUGCCUCACGCGGCUCCUCCUGCCGCUCCACCAAGGUUGAUCCAGAGGAUGGAGAGCGGCUACGAGAGCAGCGAGAGGAACAGCAGCAGCCCGGUCAGCCUGGACCUGAACCCGGGAGACAGGGAGUGUGUGGUGAAGAAGCCUUCGUUGUCCUCCUCCUCAGGACCCUCGUGGAGGAACGCACGCUCGAAGAGCAGCGGCGCUUUGCUGCAGGAGCUCAGCUCGUCCAGACGGGGGAGCCUCGCGCCCUCUGCAGGCCGCAGCGAGCUGGACGAGCUGCAGGAGGAGGUGCUGAGGAGAGCGAGGGAGGAGGAGCAGCAGCGGCGGCAGGAGAAGGAGAGGGAGGCGGCGCUCGGCUUCAACCCGAGACCCAGCAAGUACCUGGACCUGGACCAGCUGCAGAUCCAGGGUAAAUCGGACACUUACGAGCGGUGCGUGUCGGAGGCGGAGCUCCUGCUGGACCAGUCGGUGCGUCUGGAGCAGGCAGGCGAGGUCGCCGCCGCGCUGUCAGCUGUCAAUGAAGCAGUCUCCAAACUGCGGCCGGUGGCGGCUGAGGGCGGAGCUAGUAGUCACAGCCGGCUGCAGCGCUGCAUGAGGAGAGCCCGCAGCCUGCAGCAGCGCAUGCAACUGCAGCAGCAGCCGCAGGACUCAGAGGCAGGCAGAGAGAAACCGACGCAGCGGCAGGAGGAGCAGCAGCUCCAGGAACAGCACAGUGAAAAGCCUCUCUCGGGCCGAAUACUUCUGACAGAGAUGCACAGCAGCCAAUCAGCCGCCUCUCUGGACCAGCAGACGCCGCCUCCCUCCACCUGCCUCAUUAGGCCGCUCCCUCCCCAGUCAACCUUGGUGUCUGACCCCGCCCCUUCAGGUUCACCUCGGGAGGACAGGAAGACCCUCUGUAGCAUCGGCUCCCUCCCUGCUCUCUGUGUGGAUCCCCCUGUGAAAGACUUGGCUCCACCCCCUCCGCUUGAAGAGGAGGAGCUUUCAGUGCAGUGGACCAUAACAUCUCCUGCCCCAGUACCUCCAGUACAAGCCCCGCCCCCACCCCGCAGUGAAAAGCCUCUCUCGGGCCGAAUACUUCUGACAGAGAUGCACAGCAGCCAAUCAGCCGCCUCUCUGGACCAGCAGACGCCGCCUCCCUCCACCUGCCUCAUUGGGCCGCUACCUAUCCAGUCAACCUUGGUGUCUGACCCCGCCCCUUCAGGUUCAACUCGGGAGGACAGGAAGACCCUCUGUAGCGUCGGCUCCCUCCCUGCUCUCUGUGUGGAUCCCCCUGUGAAAGACUUGGCUCCACCCCCUCCGCUUGAAGAGGAGGAGCUUUCAGUGCAGUGGACCAUAACAUCUCCUGCCCCAGUACCUCCAGUACAAGCCCCGCCCCCACCCCGGCUGCAUCCCCAAACCCCGUCACCUGUUGGGACGUUGAACCCGGAGCCGUAUUACACCCGGCAGCCUCAGGCCACACCCCCAGACUCCAGCCACAUACCGGCCCCGCCCCCUGCCCCUCAUCCAACCAGGAACUGGUCAUGCUUACACCUGGACCAAGACGUCAUCGACUCUCCCAGUCCAACAAUCAGCUCGCCCUUGUACUCACCGCUAGACUCCCCCGCCAACAUACCCGCAGUGAGCCGCCAGCGCCUGCCCAUCUCUCCGCCCACAGCGGCGCUGCCUGUGGAGCGCUGGGCUGAAAACGUCAACAGAUACUACGGCUCCCAGAGCAUUGGGGGAGAGGGACUGGUGGCGGCGGCUGUGCCGCCCAGUGAGGAGCUUUCAGAGCUGGAAUCGCUGUACCAGGCCAGUCUGCUGGCUCCCAGCAUGCACCGGGGCAGCCGGGGAGUCAGCCCUCAGCCGAGUGGCAGCAAACCAGGCGUGAGGAGGAGGCAGUCGGGACCCGGACGCUCAAAAACGCCGACAGCUGAGAUUGAGAGAGACGCCUACAGGACCCCAGUGGCAGCCCUGCAGAAGCCACCAUCAGCUGAGGACGAGAGCUACAGCGCCGAAAACCUGCGACGCAUCGCCCGCAGCCUCAGCGGGACCGUCAUCGGGUCGCGACCCCAAAACCUCGCCCCCUCCCACAGCUGUGACCCCUCUGUCUCCAGACCCCCCCUCAGACACUCUUCCUCCUCCUCUUCCCUCCUGCGUCACUCCAGCUCCUCUACCCUGCAUCCCCCCUCCUCUCCCUCCUUUACUGCAGAUCACUCCCACCACCACCAGCCCCGACUUCACGGCCCCUCUCCUCCUGCACAGCAUCCCCCCAUGCAGACAUCACGGCCCCCCAGCUCGGGGCCCUCCUCCUGGGGACACUCAGGAGCUGGUGCAAGCGUCCAGCAGCACAUUCUGGUUGUGCCUGACCGGCGUCAGACUCUCUCAGCUCACGGCGUCCCGAUGAGUUAUGGCACGCUACCUCGAGCUCCUCGCCGAGCCCCGCCUCCCUCCACCUCCUCCCUCCCCAGGCCCAGAGCUGGCACCGGCCCCGCCCCCCCUCUGGGACAGCAGAGCCUCUAUGCCACCAUGCUCCGCCCUCGUCGCUCCGCCGCCAGCGCCAACAGCCACUACGGGCACCCAUCAUUGGGCUACGCCCCCCAUCACCUCAGAGCAUCAGACGGCCCCACCCACCCACUCCGCCUGGACAUCCCCCCAGACGGCGACUGGCGACGUGAUGCCAACUCCAGGACGGUCCAGCCCGGCCCCUCCUGGGACCCCCGCCUCGCUCGCCACCCACAGCCUCCUCGGCCACGCUGGCCCCCCCAGCUCUGCUCACUCUGCCAGCAGCUUCCUGCUGAGCCGGCGCGCUCCUGCUGCGCCUCCUGCGGCGCCUACGUGGCUCGGUUCGGGCCGGCCAGCUGAUGGGACCACGGCGAGAGUUUUACUGCAAA